GAUGAUGAUGAUGGUGGUGAUGAUGAUGAUGAUGCGGGUGGGCAGCGGGGCGACCUCGGGGGCGCUGGCGCUGGUCCUGGUCCGCCGCUGCCUCCUGCUCGGCCCUCUGGGGCUGCGCUCAGCCGGCGCACAGGACGGAAAUGGCUGUGGCCACACGCUGCUGACACCCCACAGUGGCACCCUGAGCUCCAAGAACUACCCGGGCACAUAUCCCAACCAUACCAUGUGCUGCUGGCGGCUCCAAGCCCCUGCGGGCACCUCCCUACUCCUGGCAUUCGGGGAUGUGGAUCUGGAGCCCUCGGAGCACUGUGCCCACAGCUCCUUGCUGCUCACUGACACCCAGACUGGCACUGCCUAUGGGCCCUACUGUAGGAACUCCAUCCCUUCUGCUCCACUCCUGGUGACAAACUCCAGCACUGUGACCGUCCUGUUCAACACCACCAGCCACCGCUCGGGACGAGGCAUCCUCCUGUCCUAUGCCACCUCGCAGCACCCAGACUUGGUCUCCUGCCUGGUUCGAGGCACCCACUACACCCAGGAGCACAUCAGUGUGUACUGCCCUGCAGGCUGCAAGGACAUCCAUGGGGACAUCUGGGGCAACCCGAGCCAGGGCUACCGGGACACAUCGGUGCUGUGCAAGGCAGCCGUGCACGCUGGGGUGAUUGCAGAUGAGCUGGGCGGGCAGGUCACCCUGUCCCGGGAGAAGGGGAUCACGCUCUAUGAGUCAGCCUUUGCCAACGGGCUCCGCUCCAAAAGGGGAUCUCUGUCCGAGAAGCGACUCAUAUUCCACAAAGCCUGUGAUGAUGUCCUGGAGAUAGUCGCUUUCAAUGCCUCAUCCUGGUGGCACGAGGUGGACAUGCUGGGCCAGGACCGAGCCUGGGUGGCCGAACGGGCAGCACUCGGCACCACUGGCCACUCCUGGGCAGCCGAACCCGGCGCCAAGGCUGCCUGGCUGGAGCUGGAUCUGGGCACCCGAAGGAAUGUCACAGGCAUCAUCACAAAGGGCUCCUCUGAGCAGCACAACUACUACGUGACGUCCUACCAUGUCUCCUCUAGCCGCGACAGGAAGAAUUGGAGACCCUACAGAGGCAGUAGUGGCCAGGAGGACAAGGUGUUUGAAGGAAAUGCUGACAGCCAGGGGGAGGUCUCCAAUGCCUUUAUCCCCCCCAUUGUCGCCCGCUACAUCCGUGUCACACCACAGAGUUGGCAUCAGAGUGUGGCCCUGAAGGUGGCCCUGGUGGGCUGCCAGCUGGCACGGGUCCACGCACCCCGUCCCAAUGUGCCCAGUGUCUCCAAGGAGGUCCUUGAACCCACCAGCCGCCCAGCCAGCUGCACCCCCAUCUCUGGCAUCGCUCUGGACCCAGAGAAGGCAGGCUCCACAUUGUUGGCAAUGCUGCUCAUUGGUGGCUUUGUGCUCCUCUGCUCCUGCCUCCUGCUCCUGGCUUUCCUCUGCUACAAGAAGAGGAAGUCAGCAGCGGAGCUGAACUGUGGGAUCACAAAAGGGUACCCCAAGCUGGAGUCGAGCCAGGUUUGCUCCCUGCAGAGCCUGCCAGCCCCUAGCCUGUCCUCCUUCCCCAUGGCCCCCACACCAGGGGACCUCAGCCAGACCCAUUUACCAGAGUACGCUGAGCCAGACCUGGUGCAGGUGAGCCCCAGCAGCCAGACAGGUCCCUGCACCUUCAAGCCACUCCUGGAAGAAGGCUACACUCUGCCGCUGGUCCUGAGCCACUAUGACAUCCCAGGAAAGCACCAUGAGUACGCGGAGCCGCUGCCACCAGAGCCUGAGUACGCCAUGCCAUUUAGUGAGCCGGAGCCCAUUGGGAUGCACCGCAGCACCUGCAGCAUCGCAGGGCCUGCCGGGUGCUCCCUGGUGCAGUACCAGACACCUGCCCUGCGGCCCGGAGAGCUGCCAGCUGGGGUGGAGCAGACUGGCAGCCCCUGUUCUGAGGGGUCCUGUGCGUGGCCUGGGCGCUGUCCCCUCGCACACGUGUACCAUGAAGCCUUAUGAGAAGGGGAACACAGCAGCAUGAUAUUGGGUGUGGGGGAAGGCAUGUAAAGGAGGACCUUCCCCGCGGUAGC